AUGGCACCAACAACAAGAAGGUCCUCAGGGGAAAGCAGUCAAGACCCUAACCUUAGGAGGGUGCUAAUGUUCGAAGUUGGAGAGGCACUCCAAACUAUGAUUCCUGAAUUGUUCGAACAAAUGAAAGCCGAGCUGAAGAUUGAGCUGGGCCAAAUGAUGGAUGAAAGGAUCACUACCUUGGGAGCAAAUCACAACAAAGGACUGGGGAGAGCUAAUGUUCUUCGAGACUUCAUGGCCUGCAAUCCGCCUAAUUUUAAGGGCCAGAAGGACCCUUUAGAAACAAACCAAGUCCUCUAUGCAACAACCCUACUGCAAGGAACUGCGAAAAUUUGGUUGAAUUUGACUUGCAAGACCAUCCCUGAAGAGGAGCUGAAUGCCAUGACUUGGAAUGACUUUAAAACACGAUUCUCCAAGCAAUUCGUACCACAAAUCGAGGUGGAACAGGUCACCAAGGAAUUCCUCGACAUGAAGCAAACGACUGAGUCGGUAAACGAAAUCACUGAUAAGUUCAUGGAAAAAGCCCUAUUCUGCCCCCAGUACAUUGCUGACGAAACAAUGAAGCUGUUUCGCUAUACCGAGAUGCUCAAACCAGAGAUUAGAUCUUUUGUCGCCCUAGCAAGAUGCAAGACUUUGGCAGAGGCUAUAGAAAUAGCACGAGCCCAAGAGCUAGACUUAGACAUAAAGAGAAAGACCGCACCAUCCCAUGAGGCAAUGCAUCUAACAAGAAAUUCAAACCCUUUGAACCAAAGAACAAAAACAAAUCAUCUGAAUCAAGGUAAGGGACAUCUGACUAGGGAUUGCAAGGAAGCAACAAAACAGUGCUUUAAUUGCAACAAGCUCGGGCACAUAAGGGCAAGUUGUCCCCAACUAUUGGGUAAACUAGUGCAAACUCCUGCACUAGCAACUCUAAGGAUUGCGGGUGGAGCGUCAAGAAAGACCGAGGCUCCAAGUGCCCAAGGACGAGCAUUUCAGCUCACUGCGGAGGAAGCUAUGGUUGCACCAGAUGUGGUAACAGCGCUAGUUCUAUUCGAUUCGGGAGCAAGUCGCUCCUUUGUGUCUCUUGCAUUCAGCAAAAAAUUUCAACUUAUUCUUGAACCACUAGACAAACCCCUAAAUAUAGAGAUCGCAGAUGAUAAAAUGGUGAAUGUGUUCGAAGUCUAUAAAGAUUGUAAGAUAGAGCUAUGCAAGACGAGGUUCACUAUAAAUCUCAUCCCAAUUCCGAUGAGAGAAAUUAAUGUGAUCGUUGGCAUAGACUGGCUAGGGGCACAUGACGCUCACAUUGGUUGCAAACUGCAACAAGUCCAUCUUCAAAACCCAAGUGGGAGAGAACUGAUUGUCCAAGGAGAAAAGAAGAAAGGAAGGACGCUUUUCUGUUCUGCAGCAAAAGCUCGAAAGCAUUUACAACAUGGUAACACCGGAUUCCUUGCGUACGUUGUGGAUAGUCGAGAAGAAAAAUCGAAAAUGAAAAUUGUCGAUGUUCCCGUAGUAAAAGAAUUUCCCAAUGUAUUUCCAGAAGACCUACCCGAAAUUCCUCCCCAUCGACAGGUUGAAUUCAAAAUCGACCUCAUGCCAGGAGCAACACCAAUAGCUAAAGCACCUUACAGACUUGCACCACCCGAGAUGCACGAACUGUCUAACCAGCUUUAG